AUGGGAUCUCAAACCAGCAACAGUCGCCACCAAGCGCUUGGGGACGCUGAGCAGUCGGGCGUUUCAGGUUUUGGAGCUUUGGGACCUUCCCCUCUCGGGUCGGACGCGGCGCCGGAGUUGCUUCUUCCGCAAGAGACGAUGCCACCCUCCGGCUCGGGGGCGUCUGGGGAGUCUGUUUCGUUCACAGCCGCCGCAGCAGCUGCGGCUGCGGCUGCCGCCGCCGUCGACGCGUCUGGCGCGCCCCUCUACGCGCGCGCGCACGAGAAGCGAAACGAGAAUGGAGACAAAGGCGACGCCGACAGCCACGACGAACUUACCCCCUGCGUCUUCACAUGGACACACGGCGGCCACAACGUGUUCCUCACGGGCUCCUUCAACGGCUGGAGUGUGGAGAACAAAAUCCGAUUGAACCGCAGCGGCCACGAGUUCUCGUACAUCCAGAAUCUGCCCCGAGGCGUCCAUCUCUACAAAUUCAUUGUGGACGACCAGUGGAAAUAUGCGCCGGAUCAACAGACACAAACGGACGAGCACGGAAACGUGAACAACGUCCUCGACAUCUCCUCUUUCACGCACUUCAACUUCAAGGCGCGGCGAGCGGUGUACCACCAGUGCGUUCCAGAGCCGUCGGAGUACUCCUCGGAUGCACCUCCGAUUCCGAUUCUUCUGGGACGAAGCACGCAAGUGGCGAGGGAUCCUCCGCCACAACCCGGGCGGGGCGUCCCUCUGCACUGCUUGGCCAACCACCUCUUCCACGAUGCGCUUUCACCUUCUGUCUUCGGCUCACACACGUCGUGCAUCGCUACAACGCACCGAUGGCAGAUCGACAAUGCGCGUCCAACUUCUGGACAGAGGUACACCACAUAUAUCUAUGUGACAGUAAACCCACUGUACCCCUUCCCCUCGCCCCAUGAGGAAGGUGACUCAGAAGGAGAACGUGAAGCAGAUGCAGAAGUCGAAGCGGCUGCAAUCAUCGCAGCUGCAUGCCCGAGUGCUGUCGCGAACUUGUUGGUAUUGCGCGGACAGAAAAGCAGUUGCACGUCUUCAGAUAGCUUUUGCGAGUCCGUGGGAGACGCCGAGAGCGCUAGGGAGAGUGGGGAUGAGCUUGCAGAGAAAGAUGGAACGGAACAAAAUAUGUCUUCAUACGCAAGUUGA